AUGCCUUUUACUCAACUUUUCGGCCCAAUUCUUGUUUGUUAUUCGAGUUGGAGGAAGUUGAGUGGUUUGCCAGGUUUGGGAGUUGUGUUUUGGUUAGAUUGGGGUGUGGGGUUUAAAAUUUAAGGUUAGGUUUGCUAGGAACCAAGGUGUUGAAAGUAUAAGGGUUGGAAAUUAUUUUAGAACUUUUAUGGUAAUAGUGACAUUUUUAGUCAUACCUAUGACAUUUUAAAGUAAGACCUUCAAAAAUUAUUCAAAAUGGUUUUUCUGGUAUUUGUAGCAUAUUUCUACUAACCUAAAAUUUUUAAAAAUUUUUUGGUUUUGACACUAUGCCCUCUUAAAAACUGCACAGUGCAGUAAUUUUCAAAUCAUUCUGUCUGCUUUACUUCUGUAAAACCGUCUUUUUGCCAAGUCUAACAGUCUUUUUAACUUUUAAAGGCUUCAACUUGUGGCUAUGAUAAUUUGUGACAAAAUAAAUUAUAAAUAAUUUCAGGCCUCAAAGCCACGCGUCUCCAAUAUUACGUUCUCCACGGUGACUAGCGCCACAGGGCUCCCAACCAUUGCUGCCGAACCUUCUCGACCUCGUUCCAGCAAGUAAGUUGGAGGGUUUUGGUAUAGAAAAUUAGGCUUAAAAUGAGGAUUUAAUUUUUUUUACUUUGAAAAAAAAUUUUAAUUUUAAAAAAAAAUUUUUUUAAUUUGAAAAAAUAUGAUAUGAUUUUCAGUAAGCCUGAAACAAUUUAAAUUUACAAGAAUGAACUGUUCAAAAAUCAAAAAUAAAUUAGUUUAAAAGAUUAAAAACUAAAGCCUUAUUUAAUAUUACUUGGCACUUCCUUCUUGGCCAUCCGAUGGCGUGGCUAACCGUGAAACGUCACUAACCUCUAAUUAGGCAAACUACGUUUAUAUGCUUAGUUGAAACUGUUUAUGGAGGUCCUAAUUGUAUAUUAGGACGUGUUUUAAUUGUAGAUUGUAUAGUGUUGUUAUAGGCUAUUAAAUACAUAAUUUAUGUACUGUUAGUACAUACCUUGCAUAGUAUUGUACAGAUAGUGUAGCCCUUACAUAGUAGGGAAAAGUAGCAUAUACCUUACAUACUAUGUACAUAUAGUACCUAAAUUAUACAGUACAAAUAGCUGAUAUGUUAGUUUACGUUAAAUGGCAUAUACAUUACCUUACUAUUAAUUUUCUUAUCAUCAUUAAACGUUAUAACUGUAUUAUUAAAAAUGAUGACAGUAGAAUAAAGUAGUGAUUAAGCAUAAGGUAGAUUUUUCUGGGUAUUUUACCGAAGAUGACGAUUAAAAUUUUGGUAUAUAUUAGAGUUAAUGUACAAUAUAAUAGUAUUAUAUUGAAUUUUCAGUCAUUGGAAGCCCAUCCACGCCGACGGACCCACGGAAGCGCCGCCAGCCGCCGCCACCCCGCCCGCCAGUUGCCAACGCCAACACCAUUCGUCGCAGAGUUGCUCGUGUCUGUCGCAACAAGCCUGCCAACUUCAUAAGCCCAAAGAGAAGUCGCUGUACCGUCGUCGCUAUUCCAGCGCGACGGAGGAUCGGUCGCUGAAGGUGAGUGCAGAUGCCGAUGCAUCGGAAGACGCGCAGGCCGAGGAGCGUCGUCGAUCCAGUUCUUCGAUAAACCCGUCGCCAAUCCUCAUCAACAGUUCGUCCACCUUCUCUGGGCAUUCGUUAUCAACCUCGCCGUUUGCCAAAUCGCCGAGUGUUGUAGCCAAAUCACCGUCGCCUUCUGUAGCAUUUAGUUUGCACGAAGAGCCAGAGGACGGUGAACACACGUCGCCAGAAGUGGACGUCAAAGAGAAUUCCAUGAAGCCUACGCCUGCCGACACCUGGCUCACCAUCGAUGGCACCAGGUAUUGUAAGAAAGAGCUGGACAAAGACAAAUCCUUGCAUCGCAUCGACGAAUGGAGUUUCCCUGUGUUCGAUCUUGCCGAAGCCUACAAAACAACUGUUCUCAGUAGAGUGGGUUUUCAUUUUGAGUGGACGAGUAUAAUUUUUUAGCUUUAUUUUAGGGUAGGGGGAUCAUUUUUUGUUCAGUUUGGUCUAAAAGAUGGAGGAUAAAUACCGUUUUUUGAAAUUUUUAUAUUGUGUCCACUUCUAGAAGGUUAGUUUAGAUUAGGAGGGGAGUAAUUUAGUUUUGAAAUGGUAAGGGUAGAAGCGUAUUUUUAUUUUAAAGUGAAUGUCAUUUUUAAAAUUAUAAUUUAAAAACCUUGCAGAUCACUUAUACCGUUUUCAAACAAGCCGAUCUCUUCAACAUUUUCAAGAUUUCACCUCAAAAGUUUUUUAAUUUCUUCCACGCACUUGAACUGGGUUAUUGGGAAAUUCCAUGUAAGUUACAAUCAUAUAAAAGCUAAAGCGUUGACAAACUUUGUUACCCUAUAUCUAGGGUAACAACGUUUAUUUAACUAUAUUAAUCUAAUAAAACAUAUAUCAGAUUGUUCAAAUAAUUCUGUGCCCCUAAUCCUGAAAAUUUUCAUUGCGGCAGGGCACACCAUUGUUUGAACAACCGUUUUAAAACUAUUUUAAAAAUAUUCUGAAAGAUUUUUUUAUAUUUUCUCUAUUUGUCAUACCUAAAACAACACAUUUCAGAUCACAACCGCAUCCACGCAGCCGACGUCCUCCACGGCUGUCACUACCUGACUUGUCAUCCUGUCCACGCCUUCAGGCCCGCACCCAACACUCCAGAUGACGAGCUGAUAGAAGGAAUGAAGGAUCUGAAUAUCGACAAUCUCUUCGACUCCUCCGCCCUCUCCAUCGCCUCCACCAUGAACGGCCUCGAACUGAUGGCACUGUACACGGCGGCGGCAAUGCACGACUUUGAUCAUCCAGGCCGAACCAAUGCUUUUCUGGUGGCGGCCGAAGACAAGAAGGCGAUUCUGUACAACGACCGGUCGGUGCUGGAGAACCAUCACGCGGCCGAAUCGUGGAAGUUGCUGAGUCAGGUGGAGAACAACUUCAUCGAAGUACUGGACGCGGCCGAAACCAAACGUUUCAGAUAUCUGGUGCUGGAGUACAUCCUGGCCACCGACUUGAAGCAACACUUUGAUAUCAUCAUGUCUUUCAACGACAAAGCCACCGACAUGGACCUGACCAACGAGGCCGACCGUGUGUUGGUGUCGCAGAUGUUGAUCAAGUUCGCGGACAUCAACAGUCCGGCCAAGCCUUAUCUGUUGCAUCGACAAUGGACUGAUAGGAUAUGUCAAGAGUUCUACGAGCAGGGUGACGAGGAGAAGACCAGGAACAUGGCUGUCUCGCCUUACAUGGACAGAAACGAGCCGGCUGUCGCUAAACUGCAGGAUUCGUUUAUUGCUCACAUUGUUAAUCCAUUAGUUAUUGCGCUGAACGAAGCUGGCUUAUUGCCUAGUAUGCCUGGAUUGGAAGAUCCUGGUGAGUACUGUAGUUUCUUAACUUAGGUUUUUUUAAAAUGAAAAUAGUAAUUUUUUUUGAAAUUUAAGUUAAAAUUAGCCAAUUUUUUGAAUUUUAAAAUUUUAAAAAUUCAAAUUUCCAGACCAAAAACAAUUUUUGACCUCAAUGCCCUCGGGUAUUUAGUCGUUUUGUCACAUGAAUAUUAAUUUGUUUUUGCUUAUUUUUGUUGGUUCAGCACUCUUUAUCACUGGUUUUAUUGAAAAACGAUUAAAUUUUUAUAACAACAUGUGAUAAUAUAAACCUUGACGAUAUUAUUUUACUCCAAGUGUUUAUACACCGACAGAUAAGAAUAAAGGAUCAGCUUACCUUGCCCUACCCUACCCUACAAUACCUUUUCUUAUAUAAGCCCUACCUUAAACUCACCGUAACCUAAACCUACCGUAAACCGUUAAAAUUUUUUAAAAAGUAAAAAAAACCAUUUGUAAAUCAAAAAAAUAGUACCACACAGUAUAACACAAGUACUAAUUCAACCAUUUUCAGAAGUGAUAAUCAACCUAAAACAUAAUCAUCAGAAAUGGCUGAACGAGAUCGAGGAACAGACUCCAGUUGAAGACAAGGAGGAUCAAGUCGAGAACCAGGACUUUGGUUCGGCUUCGACCACAACGGCGACCGCCUUUGAGAACGACAAGAUCAUCUACACCAUGGAGAAGGUGGAGAAGAAGGAGGAGACCUUCCUCAACGGAUCCUGCGACAAAAACGAACCCGAGCUGUUGGGCCGUUUCGAGGUGAGUACUUGAACUUGGUACUAGUUUUUUGAUAUGGUACUGUAUACUAACUACAGUACUAUUUCUGUAGGUAUAGUACAGUAUAUUAAGUACAGUACUAUAGAUUUCAGUAUUACUUUAUACUAUCGAUAGUACUAUUCAUUAUAUCUGGUACUGUAUUUCAAAUACUGUACUAUAUUUUUGAUACUGUAUCUUAAGUAUAGUACUGCUUUUUAGAGAUAGUACUGUAUACUAACCAUGGUACUACUUUUUAUAUAGUACUCUAUACUAAACAAAGUACUAUUCUUUAAAUCCAGUACUGCAUAUUAAGUAUAGUACUAUAGUUUUUAGUACUUUACUUAUAUAAAAUAUAUAAUAGUACUAUAUUUUUGAUAUGUACUACGUAUUUAUAUAGUACUAUAACCGACAUUAUCAAUGUGGUGAUGGGAGUGGGUGUGGUUAAGGGAGAUGGUGAAGGCAGUGGUAUAGAACGCGGUUACUGUAGUAUUGUGCUACUAUCGUUUUUUUCUCUCAUACUUUACUCAAUGUUGUACGUGAAACGCUUUGGUUUUCAAUAGCAUCGUAUCUUUAUUAGCUUCUUCCGUAUUUAAAAAGAAUUUUUUAAAUAUUUUUCAAACUUAAUGAUUUCAGAAUGCUUUAGUUACUGUAUCAGUGCCGGGAGGGUCAUUUUAGGGAAAAGAGGGGGAGGGGGGGGGCUUAAAGAAAGUUUUGUAAUUUUUUGAAAAAAAAAUUUGUGGUAAUAACUACCCUUCCCCUCGACCUUCUUCCUCGCGGCCCGGCUUUGCUUCCUAUAAUUUCAGUAAUUUUUUGCCCCCCCCCCCCCCCCUAUAGUUAACAUUCUUAAUCACAGUAAUUUCCCAAUCAUAUUAUACCUUCUAUGCUAAGUUACAAUAACUUGAACCUUUAGUUAAUGUAGUUACAAGAACUCCACCAUAAAACUUUAGUUAGUGUAGUUACAGUAAAGGUACUUGUAAAGUCAUGUAGAAACCCAUAAACGUUUAGUUACAAUCUAUAUUUACAUUAACUAAACCAUAAGCCUUUAGCUCCAAUCCAAAUGUUACAGUAAUCUUGCCUUCUAUUCCUAUGGUUAUUAUUAUGAGUUGAGCCCUUUCUAUGCUAUCACCUGCCAUUUCCGUUUACCACGCCCGCCUUUGUUGUAACACAUUCGUUUUCCAAAUAUUUUAAUUUUUGGUUUCGUUGUUGUUUCAGUAG